AUUCAGUCAAGGGAAGACGAGUCGUCGUUGGAACAAUCAACAAAGACGACAAGCCGUAUUCUCGGUAUCGGUGACGUCGACGUCGACGCUACAGGCUUCAGAGCUCAUCGCCCUUUGUACGUCACAAGUUGAGCGAUCGCGCCGGUACAGCUUACAGCCCGAGCACCGGACCCACAAGAAGGAUCUCAACUCAGCGCACCAUCGCAAUAAUGGAAGGCCCGGCAGCACCCGGUCCCGGUAUGCAAGCAAACGGAGCUCCCGUCCCUCAGCCUACCAACAUCAAGCUCUUCUUCAACCCGAACGCCAGCGAUGUGCGUCAUAACGUCAUGCGAUUUCACUCCACCAAAGAUGUCGACAUAAAUAACUUCUCCAAACCCGUCAAACUUCACCGUCGCCAUCCUAAUGCUACGCGGGCUGCGCUGGCUGCUUCUACCAUUGGGGUUGUUGAUGGAGAGAAUGCAUCAGGAAGUGGUGCGGAGGGAUCAGGCGAUACUGCACCAGCUGCCCCAAAGCCUCGCUCAAAUCUUUUCAAGAAGAAGUUGGCUCAGGUUUACCACGCAGAUAAGGAUGCUUGGCGGUUGAAGCAGGAAGAAAGUGCACCGUGGGUUCUUGAGGAUGAUGGCGGUAGUAACACAUGGGUUGGAAGCCUCGAAGCAAGUCAAGCGGCAUACGUCGUCUUCGUCCCGCAUGGAGAUGGGUUCAUGGUCAUCCCCGCAGAUCGGUGGUACAAAUUUGCAAACAAGAGCAAGAGUCGGGGAAUGACGCUGGAGGAGGCAGAGGAGGAGAUGACCAAAAGAUCCAAAGUCCCAAAAUGGUAUCGAGAGAAGUUGGAACAGAAAGUGAAAGAAGAGCAGGAGAACAAACCCGUGAAGCCAUCUGGUGUACUUGGGAGGAAACCGGCUAGUGCUUCUGUUCAGCGUCGGGCUGGGGAUGAAGGAGAUCUUGAUUUUGAGGAGGAGUUUGCGGAUGAUGAGGAAGUCCAACUUGGUGGUGAUGAUGAGGAGUUGUCGAAGGCAUUGGAGGCCCGGAUUAAGGAGGAACAGUUGUCUGCCAACGCAAUGGGUGAGGCGGAGUAUAACUUCGACGAGGAUGAGGAUGACGACAAACCAAAGUACAACAAGGCUGGAAAGCGCACGAACAAGCUUUUGAGGAAUGUCGAGAAGAAUAUUGCGUAUGGAUCAGAUGAGGAGAACCCUUACGAAUCAGAGGAUGAGGAUACAGACUCAGAGGACCUAUUCGGUGACGGACCCAAACAGGAUACAAUCGUCAAAAAGGAAACAUCAGACCCCAGAUCGCUUUCGAACCUCAUCCCGCACCGCCAACGACCCGAGCAUCUCAUCCUCAAGCUUACACCCACUGUUUUGUCAAGGUUCUCCGCCCUGCCGAACAGGCCAUGGGUUUCCCGCUCUUUGCGUGCGGUCAUUGGCGGACCUCCGUUGAAGCGUCGCUUGGCAGGAAGUGAUACCGAGAGUACGGGAGAGAUGUCUGAAGGAAGUGGUACGGAAGGUCGAUCGAGGAAGAACAAAGUCCCGCGCACAGGUUCGCCCUCUGCCAGCAGUCCUGCACAGAGUCCUGGUGCCGCUGCAGUUGAUCCAGGUUCCUGGAUCACCGGAGACGAAAUGAAACGAGCUCUGGGAUCUCAGCCGUCUAUCACGAUCAAGGGAUUGCUACAUAUCUUUGCCGUCAAGCUCAAGAAGAACCCAGAGAACAAGCCGUUGUUGGCGCCGAUGUUGAAGAAGUUUGCGGAUAAGCUGGAGGAUGGGAAGUUGAAGUUGAAGGCGGAGUUUGCGUAG